GGUGAUUGACAGCUGAGCCGCUUAGAGCCUCAGGAGCGACAUAGCACACACCGACAUAACACAACACCACACAGCUCCGCUCGGAAACUGGAAAACCCUGGGGAUUUCUACUGGUUUCAGGACUGUCAAAGAGUUUCGUACGAGUUUGUUUUGAAUUCUGGUCCAAGGAGCUUCAGUUUGAGUCACCGAGGAUGCCUGGCAACUGGUUCACUCAUCCAUGAUGCAGCAGCAGCGGCAGCACAGAGGCCAAAAGCCACUCAGCAUCCCACAAAACUGGUCCUGAUCUUGGUCUCAGAGAGCAGGGUAAUGCCCCCUGGUCCCUCCAUCAGCAGCCAACAUCCUCCACACGGUGAGCUGGAGCAUGCUCUAAGCAACCUGACGGACAGUCAAAAUGAUGGCCUCAGUGGUUGUCGGAGGCAACCGGAAGAAGUCGCUCACGUUGACAGGCGUGGACCCUGAGACCUGCAUGAUUGUGUUCAAGAACCACUGGGCGCAGGUCGUAAAGAUUCUGGAGAAACACGAACCGAGUCGCAGCAGCUCCGGAGCGCUGAGUUUCCUCUCCGGUCACCAUAGCAGCAGCAGCGCUGGAGCGUUGCGUCUCGGUCCCAUUCCACCUGACGAGGCCAGCGCCGUCCAGAACUACGUGGAACACAUGUUGUUUCUGCUAAUGGAGGAAGAUGCGGGGCAAGGGGGAGCAAUGGGUCCCAUUCUGGAGUUUGUGGUUCUGGAGGGGGUGAUGGAGAGACUGUUUCUGUGGAGCUUGAGGAGACAGUUUACCGAGGACAUGAAGCUGGAGCAGCUCAGGAUGUACCAGAUGCUUUUGUGUCAGGCCAAACAGCCUCUCCUCCACCAUAAACCCAUCCUGCGGCCACUCAUGAUGCUGCUGGCCUCCUGUGCUGGAGCAGCAGUCGACAGCGGGGGUGUGGUGGAGGCCGAGCUGGUGCUGUUGCUGAACCAGCUCUGUGUGGCUCUGGUCAAAGAUCCCUCAGUACUGGAAUUGUUCUUCCACACCAGCGAGGACCAAGGAGCUGCCAACUUCCUACUAUUUUCCCUGCUCAUACCAUAUACACACAGGCAGGGCCUGGUAGGUCAACAGGCCAGAGACGCUCUGCUGGUCAUCAUGUCCCUGUCCGCCUCUGAGCCCAGAGUUGCUCAGCACAUCGCAGAGAACACAUACUUCUGUCCUGUGCUGGCCACAGGUCUGUCUGGUCUGUACUCGUCUCUUCCAGCCAGGCUGCAGGUGUACAGUGAGGACUGGCACUGUCUAGACCAGGGAGACUGGCAACAGGUUCCAGCUCUUGUCCACUUCCUGCACUCUCUGGACUUCUGCAGCGCCGUCACUAAGGCCGCUCAUCCCUCCAUCUGCUCCCAGUUACUGAAUUACAUCUACAACGGCUUCCUCGUGCCGGUGCUCGCCCCUGCUCUGCACAAGCUGACGGUGGAGGAGGUGAUGACCACCACGGCGUACCUGGAUCUGUUCCUGCGCUCCAUCUCUGAGCCUGCCCUCCUCCAGACCUUCCUGUCCUUCAUCCUGCUGCACACACACGACAACGUGCAUAUCCUGGACACACUGGUCAGCAGGGUCAACACACCUUUCCAGUUGGGAACGGUGUCGCUGGCUCUGUUCAGAACUUUGAUCGGUCUCUUCUGUGAAGACGUGAUGCUCCAGUUGGUGUUCAGGUAUCUGAUUCCCUGCAGCCACCUGAACCGGAGGCAGCGCAGCUCCUUACAGCUCAGGGACUGCUACUCCUCCAGUUCCACAUUGUUCCUGCUCCUCAUGCCCUCCUGGUGCCCGGUGUACUUUCACAACACGAACACCCCCUCAGACUCAGAGCAGAUCCGCUGGCCCAAAGCAGAAGAUCUUUCAGUGUCGGACAGUGUUGGUUAUUGUCGCGGUUCGGAUUUUCUGAUGGACGUUAACUACCUUCAGUACCUUUGGGAGGCCCGUCAGGCUAUCUCCAACUCGCACAGGGCCUGUCGGCUCUGGUCUGCCCCGUAUGAUGGGAUAAACCCUCCUCCCCAAGAGUACCGAUCCGACACACCAGCAGACGACAUUGAUGAUGAGGAGGAGCUGAUAAAACAAGUGAAAAGCAACUCCAUCUGCUCUUUGGUCAUUACUCCUCCCCCCUUAGCCCUCUCCCCAACACCUUCCUCAGAUACCAUCUCCAUUAGUAAUCAGACAGGAAGAGGCAGUUCGGCACUUGAGCUGGAGUGGGACGACAUUUUUGCAGAUGAGGAUGUUACCUUGUCGCUGAAUGCGGCAUUGGCCAAUGGCAGUGCAGCUGGAGAAGGUGACAAAUGUGGCUCUUCUCCAGCACCGCCACCACUGCCUCCUCGACACAUCCAGGAAAUGCGUCGCAGCGCUACCAAGCUGGUGCGUGGUUCGUACGUAGAGGAGUCAGAGUUUCAGGAUGACGUGCUGGUCUAUGAUUUAGUGGCUCAGAAAGACACAAAGGCGGCCCUUUUGGAACGCAUCAAGGCAGCAAACCGACGCUCCCGUGGAAGCAUUUCAAAAGGACAGCCAGUGUCAACGGCAGUGACGAAAACACUAUCGACAAUGUGGACCACAACAGGGAGGACAGUGAUGGAAACCGUUAACAGCAUCAUGUUGACCCGGAGGAGGAGCGAGGAUUUUGCUAAAGACGAAAGAAGGAGGAGUGAAGACUAUAGCAAAAUUCUGAGGAGAAGGAGUGAAGAUUGUGUGAGGGAACUGCGGACAACUAAGGAGGAAGAAGAGGACGAGAUAAGAAUUGUUGGAGUAGGAGAGUCGCAUCUCUUCACCAAUGGUUUUCAUGGAAAGAAUCACAUCAUCAACAAAUUUGAUGACACUGAUGGAGCAAUUGAGCCUUUCAAGCAAAACUUCAGUGUGAAUGAUGUCACUGUUUGUGUCAAUCACAUGCACACAGCACAUCAGCCGCGUACACAUCACAACCCGCCUCACAUGCAAUGUUUAGAGUCAAACUCUGUACCCAAUGGCCAUUUUAAACCCGAGCCACAAAAACUUUGUUCGUCUUCAUCAAAUGCCAAGUCUCCAAAUCUGCCUAAAAAGCAAGUUCCCAACAACGACAAUGACAACAACUUCCUGUCUCAAUACUAUGAGCUCAUGCUCUCUUUAGGGGUGGAGCCGGACUGUGACGACAUCACGGACAACAUCUGCACGUUUAGGAGCCGGGUUCAACAGCUGAGGCAAAAACUUGAAGAGGAGGACGAGGAGCUUGGCACUGAUUUUGCUUUUAGCUCCUCGUGGGAUGAUGUAGACGAUGAAGGAGAGACAGCGGUUAUGGAAGAGGAACAUGAGGGAGAGGAGAGUAGGAGCAGCAGGAAACAUGGAGUUCCAUUUACAGGACCUUUUAUCAGCGUCCUGUUGUCCCGGCUGGAAAACCUCCUGGAAAACACUAUUGCUGUUAACCUGCUGGUGACGGGCAUCCUGGCCCAGCUGGCAUCGUAUCCACAGCCCCUCCUGAGAUCCUUUCUGCUGAGCACACACACGCCCAACCAUACCAGCGUACGGACACUAUACCAGGUGCUGGUGUCAGUGCACGCUCAGAUUGAGCGUUAUGUGGCAGACAGACCAGACUACCCCGCCCUGGUCACUCAGGCCUGGAGGUUUUUGUUGGCUAAAGACCAAGAUGCCAAAUUUAGAGAGUGCCUCCAGUCUCACGAUGGGGACUUCAUCUUAGAUGCAUCUCUUCCCAAUGGCUCUGUGAAGAAUGCCCUGCCUCUGCCUCCACUCAGUGUCUUGCCGCCCUGUCCUACAAUUCCUCCCCAGGCCAAGAGCCGAGUGUUCGCCAUUGUCCUGUUCGCAGAGUUCCUGAAAGAGCUGGCAGCCAUCGCCCAGGAGCACAGCAUCUCACCUGACUGUUGGUCAGAGGAAGCCCAAAAUAUCUAGCUUAAAUCAUCGCAUUAAGGAUUAAUGGACAGGAAAGGACUGGUCUAAGAGGAUUUUAAAGUCAAAAUGAUUAUUUGUGAAUUUAUAUGCUCAUGUUGUUUAUACUCCUGACUGCACUUGAAAUGUUGAAGUUUCCCUUUUGACCGGGAGUUCUAUUUAUAAAAUCUUUUGGAGAUUAUUUUAAAGUUACGAUGACAUUUUCUACGUAUUUUUGGGAUCUGUGAAACUAGUUUUCUUGAAUCUUUGCACUGACAGAUAAAGGUAUAUUAAAGGUGGUUCAGGUGGCAAGAGAAUGUUCCUGCAGCUGCUAUUUCAAAUCAGCUUUCUGUUUAGGAUGGAAAUAUUAAUGCAGAAUCUUACGAGUACAAUUGACCUGAAACAUGCUGAAGUGGCGUCACAUUAAGAAGACCUAGGAGAUGUCAGAUUUGCCAACCGUGCAGCAACACUGACCUUUGGCAAAUUAGCCAAUGUCAUGUAAUCUUGAGCUGUAUUUGUAUAAAAAGCAAUGAAUUCAAUGAUGCAAAUGAAUGACUCCUGUGCAUAAAAGCUAAACACUGAAGAUAUGUGUGAGAACAGAAAUCCACUGUUUUGAAAGUGUCUUUUUUCCAUUAAAUGGAC